AUGUCCGGGAUCAAGCCCAUUGUCCUCCGCCUUGGCGAGGAUAUCAAAUACAAUCACGACUACUACAAAGAUGUUUUCACGGACCGAUUCACCGUCGUAGCCAACGAGAAGACCGACCGAGCGUCAUUCAUCAAAGCCCUCAAAGAAAAGAAAUAUGGCGACUUUUCCGCAAUAUUCCGCCCGCACUUCCAGAGCGGCGGCGAAAUGGGCCAAUGGGAUGAUGAACUCAUCGACCUCCUGCCGUCAUCAGUCCGCAUCUUUGCCUCCGCGGGAGCAGGGUUCAACUGGGCCGAUGUCGAAGCUCUCGCCCGCCGCAAGAUCUGGUACGCCAACGGUGCCGGUGCCAGUGAUGAGGCCGUCUCCGACACAGGACUAUUCAUGAUCCUCUCCGUGUUUCGCAACUUCUGGAGAGCACAGAGAGAUACAAGAACGUGUGAUCCUGAGCAAUUUCUUGCCAUGCAUCGGCUCGUGGGAGGAAUCUCGUGGAGCCCACGCGAUCAUGUGCUAGGAAUCGUGGGGUUGGGAAACAUCAGCAAGAAGCUCGCAUACAAAGCUCGGACAGCAUUGGGUAUGAAGAUCCACUACUAUGAUGUCGUGCGAUCACCACCGGAGGUCGAGGAAGAGUUGCAAGCCACCUUCCAUCCAACACUACACCAGCUCCUAGCGGUGUCAGAUUGUGUGACGCUUCAUACUCCGCUCAAUGCUCACACGCAGGACUUGAUCAACAAGGAAGCUUUCGCAGCCAUGAAGAAUGGGGCGCAGCUCAUCAACACGGCACGGGGCGAAGUCGUGAACGAAGAAGCCUUGAUUGCGGCUCUUCAGAGCGGAAAGCUGUCGGCUGCUGGGUUGGAUGUGCAUUACCACGAACCACAAGUCUCAAAGACAUUAGCAGAUAUGGAGAAUGAAACUCUGACGUGUCACAGCGGCGGAGCAGCCAUAACUACGCGGGUUAACUUUGAACUGAAUGCUAUGAAGAACAUUGUUGAACUGGUUGGAAGCGACGGUAGCUUGGUUGGAAAACCUUUGACGCCGGUAAAUCAGAAGACAUUUGAGACAUCUUGA